UGAUCGAAUGGGAACUCAUCAGGGUUCUUCUUCAUCUUCUUCUGGUUUGGGUUAUGAAGUGUUUUUGAGCUUUCAUGGCAAAGAUGUUCGCACCAAUUUCGCUGACCACCUCUACUAUGCUUUGGUUGGGGCUGGAAUUCGAACUUUCAGGGAUGAGGAGGAACUCCAGAAGGGAAACGAGAUUGGGUCGGAGCUACUUGCGGCAAUCCAGCAGUCAAGAAUCUCCAUUCCCAUUUUCUCUGUAAACUAUGCUUCAAGCAUCUGGUGUCUCAAUGAGCUAACUGAGAUAUCUGAAUGCAAAAAAACAAUGAAUCAAAUCUCCUUUCCCAUUUUCUAUAAAGUUGAACCAAGGGAUGUGCGAAACCAGACUGGGGGAUACGCGAAGGCAUUUGAGGAACACCAGAAGCGCUUCGACGAGACAAUUGUGCAAAAAUGGCAAAAUUCUCUGAAAGAGGUUGGAAAAUUGGAUGGAUGGCAUUCGAAGGAGGACACGUAUGAAGGGAAGUUAGUAAAAGAAAUUGUUAAAACAGUUUGGAGUACAUUGAACAAGAGACUCUUGACUGUUUCUAACAAGCUAGUUGGAAUCCAAUCUCAUAUAAAAAAAAUGCUGAUGCUAUUAGAUAUUGAAUCUAACGACAGAAAAAUUGUGGGGAUACAUGGCCUUGGUGGCAUUGGAAAGACAACAAUUGCUAGGGCUGUAUGUGAUGCAGUCUUUAGUCACUUUGAAGGAUAUAUGUUUAUUGAAAAUGUUCGAGAGAAUGCUCGAAAUCAUGGGAUUCAUUAUUUGCAGAACCAACUUAUCAAUGAUAUCCUGAAACAAGAAAAUCAUUAUAUUACUGAUGUGGAUGCUGGAAUUAAAGUGAUAAAACAAAGAUUUUGCCAAAAAAAAGUUCUUAUUGUUCUUGAUGAUGUGGAUCAAGAUAUUCAAGCAAAGUCUUUGGCCGGGGACCGCGAAUGGUUUGGUAUUGGAAGUAAAAUCAUUAUCACAAGCAGAAAUAAGGAUAUUUUAAUUGCUCAAAAAGCAGAUGAGAUUUAUGAGCAUACUGUAAUGGAUUUAGAUGAUUCUCUUGAACUAUUUAGUCAUUAUGCAUUUGGAAGAGACAAACCUCUAGAAGAUUAUUUGGGUCUCUCAGAAGCUAUGGUAAAAACUACUGGAGGACUUCCCUUGGCUCUUCAAAUUAUAGGUUCGUCUUUAUAUUUAAAGAAACAAUCAGUAUGGGAAGACAUGUUAAAGAAGUUGCAACAAGUUCCCAAUAAUGAUGUCAUGAAAAGUUUGAAAAUAAGUUAUGAUGGAUUAGAUGACGAGGAGCAACAAAUGUUUCUUGAUACUGCUUGCUUUUUCAUUGAAAUGAAUAAAGAUAUUGCAUGUCACAUAUGGGAUAGAUGUGGUUUUUCUCCUCAAGUAGGACUUGAUGCUCUCUGUGUAAGGUCUUUGGUAACUAUUAGUGAAAAAGGUGAGUUAAAGAUGCAUGACCAGCUUCGUGAUCUUGGAAGGCAAAUUGUUCGUCAAGAGAAAAUUGAUGAGCCAGGGAAGCGUACUCGAAUAUGGUCUCAAGAGGAAGUCUUGGCUGUCCUGAAUACACAAACGGGAACAAGUAAUGUUAAAGGACUCAGUAUUGACUUCAGACAUAUAUCAAGGAGUCAAUGUUUGAUGAGUGAAGGAUUUACUGCAAUGACAAGACUAAGGUUACUCCAAGUCGAUUAUGCACAAUUUUCCGGGAACUUCACCCAUUCUUUUUCAGAACUGAGAUGGCUUAGUUGGAAAGGAUGCCCUGAACAAUAUAUGCAAACUAAUUUUCGUCCAUGGAAACUAGCAGUCCUUGAUCUGUCAUGUAGUGAGAUCACAGAAAACUGGAUGGGUUGGAACUACAUCAAGAUGGCAGAAAAUCUAAAAGUUCUAAUUCUCACAUCUUGUCAUCAACUAUCUAGUACUCCUGAUGUUUCAGCAAAUCAGCUCUUGGAGGUAUUGAUUCUUAAAGACUGUAUAAAUUUGGAUGAGAUUGAUACAUCCAUUUGUUGUCUCAUGAACUUGGUCAUAUUAGAUAUGAGGGGUUGCAGGAGACUAGUGGAUCUCCCUAGUGAAAUUUCCCAGUUGAGUUCUCUGAAAAGACUCGAUUUAGAGCAAUGUGGAAAUCUGAAGAAGCUGCCGGAGAAAUUGGGCCACAUGAUCUCCUUGACAGAACUUAAUUUAAGUUGGUGCAUGAGUCUAGUGGAUCUCCCAAUUGAAUUUUUUCAGUUGACUUCUCUGGAAAGACUUGAUUUAUAUGACUGCAAAAAACUUGAAUCGCUUCCAAAUCUGCCCUCUAGGUUAAAAUCUUUUGAUGCUUCUGGAUGCAUAUUGUUAAGAUCACUCCCAAUGCUUUCAAGCCUGAAAAAUCUAGAGGUAUUGUGCCUUCGGAGAUGUGAGAAGCUUCUACAUGUAUCAAAUCUUCCCGUAAGUUUGACCAGGCUUGAUGUUGGUUGCUGCUCUUCAAUUCGAGAGAUCUCAGGUCUUCCCUCAAGUUUGACCAGCCUUGAUGUUAGUCACUGUGAUUCAAUUCAAUACAUCUCAGGUCUACCCUCAAGUUUGACUAGCCUAGAUGCUCGCUUUUGUGAGUCAAUGGUAAAGAUAUCAAGUACAUCACGAGGCUUGAGAAAUUUAAGGACAUUAUGUCUUGAUUAUUGCACCAGCCUAGAAGAAAUUGAAGGCGUUGAUGAGAAAUUGGACUACCUGGUGCUCUUAUCCACCCCAUGUUGCAGAUCAUUAAAAAAAUUACCAAAAUUGACAGGCUCAAAAAAUCUAAGUACUUUAGAGCUCUAUCGGAAUGACUUAUAUGAUUUUGAAGGUGAGGGGAUGGACUCUCUGGAGGUGUUGGAAAUAGAGUAUUGCCAAUCAUUAAUAAAAAUACCAUAUUUGCGAGAUUCAAAAAGGCUGAGGAAACUAAAAAUCAAUAAAUGUCCUGAACUAUCCAAGAUUGAGCAUCUUGAGGACUAUGAAUCCUUACAAAAAUUAUCAAUUAGUGAUGCCACAUCAUUAAAAACAUUACCGGAUAUCUCAGCUCUGAAGAACCUGACCUAUUUAGGAAUCAGUCGAUGCUACUCGAUGAAAAGAUUACCUGAUCUUUCAAACUUAAAAGAGUUGCGGCAAUUAGAAAUUGAAAGUUUGCGGAGGUUAAUUGACAUUCCAGGCCUUGACAGAUUGAAGUCCUUGCAAAAAUUGAAAAUAGCAGGAUGCGUAUCCAUUCGAAGAUUAUCGGAUCUGUCAAACUUGAACAAGUUGAAUGAUCUAAAGAUUGAAGGCUGCAAGAAUCUAACUGAGAUUCAUGGUAUUGACAGAUUGGAGUUCUUAGAGUAUUUGAAUAUUAGUGGGUGUGAGUCCUUGGAAAGAUUACCGGAUCUGUUGAACUUAAAAAUUUUAAAGGAGCUAAGAACUAAUGGCUGCAAGAAGCUAACUGAGAUUCAAGCAGGUAAUGGAUUGGUAUCUUUGGAACUCUUGGAUGUUACGGAGUGUAUAUCCUUGGAAAAAGUACCAGAUCUCACAAAGUCAAAGAAAUUGCAUAAACGAUAUGGUCUGUACCGCUAGGG